UUUCCCCGCGCUGCUAGACUAUUGCGCUACGAAUAAGCACGGUGGGACUUACCAACAUAUUCCCCUUUAUACUAUCGAAAUACAAAAUACAUUCCAUUCAGCGUUUGAUAUUCAAAAUAAGUACACUCAGUCGUCUGAAUAUGAAAAUGAAAAAAUAUGUUUUCUCAUUUGCUGCUUCUGAAUUUGUCAAUUUUCGUCUAAUCGAGUUUAAGUCGUUAGCUCAAAUUGGUCAGCAUAAUUAUUCUAUGAGUGAAUCUAAGCAAGAUUGGAUAAAACCAUAUGUGAUAAUAGAAAUGGAAAAUGAUGAAGCUGUCCAGUCAAUAAUUGAACGUAGUGUUUUAAUCAAAGCUGCUUUCCACUUGUGGUGUGAAGCAACAUCUCUGCCAGAGUUAAUUAAACAGGUUGGUGAUCUUCCUGAUGAAUUGGUCGACCCUUAUCUAAACAGUUCUAGUUCAUUUAAAAUUGUCUUAAGUACCGCGCAUAAAAAGUUGAAACAAGAAGAAAAGGUACCUAUUAUUGAAGCUGUUAUUAAUGCACAUAAAAGUAUCACUUCACCAGUAUCUUUAUCUUCACCAGAUCAUCAAAUCAAUAUUCUUUUGGAGUAUACACCUAAAAAUCUUGGAAAGAAUACAAUCACCUCUGGGGGUCGCUUAUGUCGACUUUUGUAUGGUCGAUUAAUUGGCAGUAGUAUACGAAAGAAUAUGAUGAAUAAUUUUCGUCUGUCAGAAAGAGCUCACCUGGGGAAUACAACUAUGGAUGUCCGAUUAGCUGCAAUAAUGGCUAAUGUUGGUCUGUGUCAAAAAUCUUCACUAGUAUGGGAUCCAUUUAUUGGUACUGGAAGUACUGUACUAGCUGCAUCUGUAUGGGGUGCUUUAGGCGCUGGUUCGGAUAUAUGUUAUGCCCUGCUUCAUGGAAUGGGUGCGUCGCCGAAAGCUGGUCAAGAAAGACGUUGUGGUGAAACUUUACGAUCAAAUUAUGCACAAUAUCAGUUAGAAUCACGUUAUCUUGAUGUUAUGGUAGCUGAUGCUGUCACUCUGCAUCGGCUGUUACGUAUCCCUGACAAUGCUGGUCUAUUCGAUGCUGUAAUCACUGAUCCACCGUAUGGAUUUCGUGAACGUAGUUGUCGUGUUGCUGAUCAACCACUGGAGCGUAAACCUACUCUAGUGACUAAAGAUCGUCUAGCAGAGAUUAUGGGAUUAACGCAUAUCAGUAAUAAUGAUUGUAAUGCAAAGAAGGAAGAAGAAAGUGACAAUGAAGCUUUGGUGUUAGUUCCACAUGACUUACCACAUUUUCCACAUAAAGAAGUAUAUCCAUUGAAUAAAAUUUAUCAAGAUUUAUUAGACUUGUCAGCGUAUCUAUUACGUCCUGGAGGACGUUUAGUCUUUUGGUUACCAGUUGAACGAUCCACAUUUAUGGGUGUACAGUCAAUUCCAAAACAUCCGAAUUUUCGUUUACUUGCAGCUUGUGAACAGACUUUGAACUCUCGUAAUUCAAGAUAUCUUGUAGUUAUGAUGAAAUGUGAAACGAGUACACAGUUGGAUACUGUUUCCUGCAAUAAUAGUGAUAAUAAUAAUAAUAAAUAAUAAUAGCAAUCCUGAUGAAUUAAUCUUUCCAGCUGUUUAUGCCAAAUAAUUGAGAUAAAAUCAAUAUUAUUGAUUGAUUGAUCGAUUGAUCGAUCGGUACUUUUAUCGAUCGUGUUUGUAUAUUUUCUUAUUUUCUUGGGCGUAUCGUUGCUUUUAUCUCUCAUGAUUACAUGCGUUUUGUAUAUUUUG